AUGAUUGUCAUUAUGAAGAAUGAACUGGUGCUGGCAGAAAACCUUACUAGGGUCACUGAGUGCUUGUUGCUGGAUUUUUCAAGCCUUGGUGAAAUUUAGCUUGCCUUUGUGGUUUUCCUCUUUCUGUAUCUAGUGAUGCUUACUGUCAGUGCCACCAUGGCCAUCUUUCGUCUAGACCCAAGCCUAUGCACACCGAUGUAUUUCUUCCUUGGCACUCUCUCAACAUCUGAGACAUUCUACACUUUUGUCAUCCUGCCCAAGAUGUUCAUCAACCUACUCUCUGUGGUCAGGACAAUUUCAUCUACCUGUUGUGCCACACAGAUGUUCUUCUUCCUCGGUUUUGCUAUUACCAUCUGGCUGCUUUUGGGUGUGAUGGGCUGUGACGGCUACGCUGCCAUCUGUCACCCUCUGCAUUACCCCAUUCUUAGGAGUCUGCAGGUAUGUGGGAAACUGGCCACUGCCUGUGUGACUGGAGGCUUCCUCGCUUCAUUUAUAGUCAUAGAUUUAGUUUUUAGCCUCCCUUUCUGUAGUGCCAACAGGGUCAACCACUACUCCUGUGACAUCUCACCAGAUCGUCUGGUGUGUACCGAUUUGGAUGCUCGUGAGUCUGUCAUUUUCAUCUGUGGCGUCCUUGUACUUGUGGUUCCCUUUUUCUUUAUCCGCAUUGCUUAUCUCUGCAUUCUGAGAACUAUCCUGAAGAUUCCCUCAGCUGAGAGCAAAAGGAAAGCCUUUUCCACCUGUGCCUCUCACUUCACUAUUGUUGUUCACUACGGCUGUGCUUCUUUCAUCUAUCUGAGGCCUAGGACAAGCUAUGUGUCCAAAGACAAGCUUGUGACAGCGACAUAUACCACUGUGACUCCACUAUUAAACCCCAUGGUGUACAGCCUCAGAAAUAAGGAUGUCUAACCUGCUAUCAGAAAAGCGAUGGGCAAGAAAGGAUCUCUAACACCAUAG